AUAAUACUAAUCGUUAAAAAAUAUUUACUAUUUGACAAAUCAUAAAAAUUGCAUAGUGUAUCGUAGAAAAUUAUUGAAAAAAAUAAUAAAAUAUAAAUAUAAAUCAAUCAAGAAUAGCAUACAAUAAAAGAGGUUUUUGUAAUAAAUAUUAUAAUAUAUAUACAGAAUGUGUGCCUGUACUUUUUGCCCUACGUGUCCACCAAUUUUGCCAUGUGGCCCAAAUCCAUGUAUGUACUCUUGCCCUCCACCGGCUCCUUGUUGCCAGCCGUGCUGUGCACCACCAUGCCCCUGCACGCCGUGUCCACCAUGUACCUGCAAGCCAGUGUUCAGACAGUGUCCAGCGCCCGUUAUCCCAGACUUGGUCCCGCCAAUAGUACCAAUACUACCUCCGUGCAGACCGCGGCGUGCCCCAGCGCCUGAACCCCCACCGCAUCCGCCACCGUUCCCUGUGUGUUGCCCGCCUAUGUUACCAUGCUGUCCACCACCCGAGCCUUGCGAUCCUCCACUAGUAUGCCCAUGUCCAGAGCCUAUUCCAUGUUAUCAACCGGUGUUGCCUUGCUGCAAUCCACAAUGCCCGCCACCUAUAAUUCCAAAACAACGACCUAUCUGUUCGAGAGCACCACCAGCUCCAUAUCCUUGCCUUCCAGUAUCCCGCAGUUGCUGUCCCGACUGUGAAUUAGACCCUGUCACACGCCGGAGGCCAUUGAUAGUGCAUGACGGUGUAUUCCAAAACAGACCCUCUGGUCGGCCUGAAGAAUGUUUCACAAGAAGCAACCCUAAUGUGCGGUAUUCAGUAAAUAAUUAUGUGAGACAGGGACCCCAAUCUGGAUGCCUAUACGCUGUAGAUGUUCCAUUACGAUAAUGAAUAUAUCGUUCAAUUCCUAUUCCUCUGUUCUGUGGUUCAAUUAAUUUGAUUAUGUGAAUGUCCAGACCAAUGAUGUCAGUGUUGGUAGUAAAUUAU